AUGCCCGGAAUCAAACGCAGAGUCGACUCCGGCAACGACCGAGAUGGCAAGCGUGCCAAAGUCAAGGACGCCACCGCUUCUUCAGCAGCAAAAGGCAGCAAAAAGAACUAUGUUCCUCCGUCCUUUCAGAAAAAAGGCAUCACUCGCGGUUCUCGCAAGAUGAACAAAGACAAAAAGCUGGCCAAGUCUAGCCAAAAAAAUGGAUCGUCCAAAAAGGUACAGAAGAAGGAGGAUGUCGACGACGACGAGGAAGACGACAGUGACGACUCUGACUCGGUGGACGAUUCAGAUAUCGAGAUGGAUGACGAGCAAGGAGAUGUCGUGUCUGAAGACGAAGACGCCGCCGAAUUGUUGGAAUUACCAGGACAUUGUAUUGACCUUGCUCCUCUAUCUACAGAAAGCUCUUCUCGGGAGUCCCAUGCCAAACAAAGGGCUCUUGCCCAGGAACGCAAGGCGGCCAAACCGAAUGCAGACAUCAUCUCACGAUCGAAGAAACUAUGGGAACGACUCCGUCGCAAGUCUCAUGUGCCUCGCGAUGAGCGCAAGACAUUGGUCGCCGAACUCUACGAAAUUAUCACUGGUCGAGUGAGCGACUUUGUUUUCAAGCACGACUCUGUGCGAAUCAUUCAGACCGCAUUGAAGUAUGCCAGCCCUGAUCAGCGCAAGCUCAUUGCGCGCGAACUCCAAGGCAAGUUUAGAGACCUUGCCGAAAGUCGGUACGCCAAGUUUUUGCUCGGCAAGAUGUUGGUCCAUGGAGACACCGAGAUUCGAGACCUGAUCGUUCCCGAGUUUUAUGGACAUGUCAAACGCCUAAUCAAGCAUCCUGAAGCGUCCUGGAUCCUCGAUGACAUUUACCGUGGCGUUGCUACCAAGCAACAAAAAGCACAAUUGCUGCGAGAAUGGUAUGGCCCCGAGUUUUCCAUCUUCAAGGACACCAGCAAGACUUCAAAAGUGUCGGCCGAUUUAUCUCAAAUCAUUGCCGAAAGCCCUGAGAAGAAGUCGCCAAUCAUGCAACAUUUGUAUGAGCUCAUCAACCAGCUGGUGCAGAAGAAGGCUACUGGAUUCACGAUGCUGCACGAUGCGAUGCUUCAGUAUUUCCUGAACACGAAGCCGGGUAGCUCUGACGCAAGUGAAUUCAUCGAGUUGAUCAAGGGAGACGAAGAAGGCGAUCUGGCCAAGAACAUGGCUUUCACACCAUCCGGCGCAAGACUGACAUGUCUGUGCCUUGCAUACUCUUCCGCCAAAGAUCGCAAGGUGCUCCUACGAUUCUACCGUGAUAUCAUCAAAUUGAUGGCCGGCGAUGUGCAUGCGCACAUGAUCCUCCUGACUGCGUUUGAAGUGGUUGACGACACCAGACUUUCUUCCAAAACCAUUUUCCCAGAGCUGCUCAGCCAGGAUGCGGCCGAGUCGGCUCGCCACGAAGAAUUGUUGAUGCAGGUGAACGACAUCAACGCUAGAAUCCCAGUGUUGCAUUCACUUGUCGGCGACAAGGUCAAAUGGCUGCUCCCGGCUAACGAUCAACAAAUCCUCCAGGAAGUCUUUAAUAUCCGCAAGGAGACUUCUAAGAAAGAGCCAUCUCUUCGUCUCCAGGAACUCGUCAAAGUGGCGAGCCCGGUUCUUCUCGAGUUCAUCGCUGCAUGCGCCGAGUCGUUAGUGGAGACUAGUUUUGGCUGCCAGUUUCUCUUGGAAGUGCUUUUCGGCGCCGAGGGAGACAAGGACGCGGCUCUCAGUGCUGUCGCUCUUGCGGCUAAAUCCAAGGCUGAGACGCAGGACUCGCCCUUUUUGGGGCGAACGCUCAAGUCUCUCGUUCAGGGCGGUCGAUUCAACAGCGCCGAGGGUAAAAUCGAGAAAGUGAGCCCUCCAUUGGGAUUCCACACACUGCUCUACGACACCAUCAAAGACGACAUCAUGGCCUGGGCGACUGGGCCUCAGACGUUUGUUGUCGUGGCACUGGCAGAGUCAGAUGACUUUGAGAAGAAGGACGAACUACUCACGGUUUUGAAAAAGAACAAGAAGGCGUUGGAGAAGGUGGCCAAAGCCUCGCCAGAGGCGUCGUCGCAGCAGCCCAAGAAAGCUAGCCCAGCGAGCAGUGGCGCCAAACUGCUCUUGACGAAGAUUUAA